AUCUGGAGUUACAUGUGUUUGACUCUCAGCUUGGACAAAAUCCUGACUUGAAAAACCAGGAACCAUCAAUGAACUUUGAAUCUGGUCCUGAGAAGCUGUUUGUCUCAUCUCUUGACUUGAAUUUGUCCGAUCCUGAUUUGUCUGCAGCCAUGAAGUCCCGUCGGCCCAGCAGCACGGACUCUGGUUCCGAGUCCUCAGAGCUGGACUCCAAGACCCCAGAGAAAUUUGAGACCACUACAAGGCGACGGACGGCAGCCAAUGCCAGAGAGAGGAAGAGGAUGCAGGGUCUGAACACGGCCUUCGACCGCCUGCGGAAAGUGGUGCCCCAGUGGGGGCAGGACAAAAAACUGUCCAAGUAUGAAACCCUGCAGAUGGCCCUCAGCUACAUCAUGGCCCUCAACAGGAUCCUGACUGACACCAGGAGGCACGCAGCUCCUCACCGACAGUGGCUGGACCUGCAGCUGGACGUUGUGCAGCCUGAGAACUACUCGUGUCUGAUGUGUCCUGCAGGACAGGAGUACGUCCAAUCCUCCUUUUCUUAUGAGUUCGACGGCCAUCACGUCUAUGCAUAAACUGCUGGCGGAUAAUCAGUCAUGUUGUUGGACAAUGUGAACGUCUUCCUUCUAGUCUGGGAGACAGUAAAUACAUUUGUAUUGCUUUAUUCCUGCUCUGUAUUUAUUUUGCAGUUAACUGACUCUCAGAGAGUCUUCGGAUUUUAUUUGAAGUCCUUUGCAUGUUUUUUGAUAGAAAAAGUCCUGUUGAGCAAAGUAUUGUUCAAACUACAACUAUAAAAGAGUUGUAGCAUCAUUGCAACUGAAUGAAGGAAAUGUGUCAUAAGGUAUUUUUAAUAUGACCCAAAAAAAAGGAAUGAGGUGCAAUCUUCGAUGAAUUGUGAAACAAUCAUAGUGGUCCUACAGGCAGAGUGGAGAUGGCAUGUUUGUAGAGUUUAAAUAUAGGUUUUAUUUUUCACAAACCUCUAUUUUGUUUAAAAAUUCUUCAGAAAGAAUAAAGCUAUUUUGUA